UCGAUGAAACAGACGUGCUGCGCUUUCCUGAUAACGUUAUCACGUACCCGGCUGUAUUUUGCGCGCGAAGUUUUUCUGACACUUGGAAAACCAGAAUAUUGUCAAAUGGAAAACGCUGUGGCUGGAACUAGUGUGGCUAAACAAAUUUUGUGGACCAAGCUGCAACAUAAUGGACCGGCAUUCACGAAGCCCUACCAGCCAUUGCCUGAAGGGGUUGGUUUAAUUUACGACGGUCAAUUUUUGAAGCUGUCCGCACUUCCGGAGGAAAUGGCGGUGGCGUACGCCACCGACAUGCAUCGAAAAUAUGCCGCACAGGCACAUUUUAAAAAUAACUUUUUCAAAGAUUGGAAAGAUUCAAUGAGCCCACGUGAGAAUGUCAAGGUUUUAAAUUUUGCAAAGUGUGACUUUACAAAAAUUCGCAAGCACGUGUUGGUAACCAAAGGUAAAAAGCGGAUAGACCGGAAGCUCCAAUUCGUUCAUGGAUUUUGCACAAUCGAUGGACAGCGAACUGCAGUCUCGAAUUGGAACAUAGAGCCACCAGGUCUGUUCAAGCACAAAUCUCCCAAAGCAACGAAAGAUGGCAAAUGGAAGAGACGAAUCCUACCAGAGGAUGUAAUAAUCAAUUGCUCGUUGAAUAAUGUACCCGUCGCGCCUAAAGGUCACCAUUGGAAGGAAAUUGUCGAGAACCGGCACGUGUCGUGGCUGGCGCAAUGGAACGAUCCCAUUGACGGAAGUUCCAAAUAUGUAACUCUCGACUCCAGUUCUACGAUCAAAACAGUGAUAGAUCGCGAGAAAUUCGAUUUAGCGGCGAAGCUCGGACAACGUAUCCGCCACAUUCACGAAAGACUGCGUGAAGACUACCUUGCCGCAGAAAAGAAGAAGCGCGAACUGGUUCUUGUUGUGUACCUUAUCGAUUCGUUUGCAAUGAAAGCGGGUAGUAGCGCUGUUUCUUCCUAUGACUCACAAACGCUAGGAUGGAAAUCAUUACGUGUGGAGCGCGUCCACUUGCAUGACGAACUGAAUGGCAAAACGAAUGUCGUAGAGUUCAUAGACGGUCCCAUAAGCAAAACAAUUGAUAAAUGGGCUUUCGAGGGUUUGCAGUCGUUGCGGAACGAAAAAGAACCCUCCGAUCUCAUGUUUGGGGAAGUAAGGGAAAAUGAUGUUAAUUGUUACCUUAAAAGCAUGAUGGAAAAUCUCACAUCGAAAGUAUUUCGUCCAUUCCGCGCAUCGGCCAAGCUUGAAGCGGAACUGCAGAAGACCCGUCCAAACAUGUGCGUCGCAGAUAAAAUGAAAAUAUUCCAAUGUGCCAUCCAGGAAGUGGCAAAAAUGUGCAUCCACCGACGAACAGAGACCACCGUCAACCUGGAAGAUAAACUUUUCAAAGUGAACAAAAAUAUCGAAAUAUGCCAAAAAGAGCUAAGUGAUAUUGAAAACGUUGAGUGGAUACCAAUGAAAGAGGCGAAAUUAGAAAAACUGAAAGGUAAGAAGUUAACAUACGAACAGCAGCUGCAACAAACGAAUCAAUGUACAGCGACGGAAACAUCCAUGGAGCACGAAAUCGAUCCCCGCAUCGUGGUGGCGUGGUGCCUAAAGCAUGGAGUAUCUGUUAAUAAGAUCUUCACCACGAAAAAACUACGCGAUAAAUUCCGAUGGGCUGUCGAGUUGAAUUGUGAGAAAUACGUAUUUUAUGAAGAAGGAUCGAGAACUGGUGACCAUACGACCUCGCCCGAUUAAUGUCUGGUUUAAGAAUUCAUAAUUCAGGGGAUGGACAAUAUUUUGUGUUUAUAAUUUGUAAUGACUCAUUAUUUAAUUUUUAAUAAAUAAUUGCGUGC